CAUAUCGGGAACAGAAUCAUCGAGACAGAGAGAGAUCAGCACUCGAAAACUCUCCCAAGAAUUUGAAUUUCUCAGAUCUAUUUGACGUCGUUGCAGAUCCAACAACGGUCAUGGCUGCGUUCAGCGGUGAUGAAACGGCACCGUUUUUCGGAUUCCUUGGAGCAGCAGCUGCCCUCGUCUUCUCCUGUAUGGGAGCUGCGUAUGGCACAGCGAAGAGUGGCGUUGGCGUGGCUUCCAUGGGUGUGAUGAGACCCGAGCUGGUGAUGAAAUCUAUUGUUCCUGUUGUCAUGGCUGGUGUUUUGGGUAUUUAUGGCCUUAUUAUUGCUGUUAUUAUCAGUACUGGUAUUAAUCCGAAGGCCAAAUCUUAUUACCUCUUUGAUGGUUAUGCACAUCUCUCCUCUGGUCUUGCCUGUGGCUUGGCUGGGCUCUCUGCUGGCAUGGCUAUUGGUAUUGUUGGCGAUGCUGGUGUUAGAGCCAACGCACAGCAGCCAAAACUUUUUGUUGGAAUGAUUCUCAUUCUCAUUUUUGCUGAAGCUCUUGCACUUUAUGGUCUCAUUGUUGGUAUUAUCCUGUCAUCUCGUGCUGGCCAGUCUAGAGCUGACUAAGAAAGGAGCAGUGCUGCAAAAUAUUCUUUGAUAAUCCAUCUGUUUUAACCUCCUUACAAACGAGGUGAGGGGGUAAUUAUUAGUUGUUGCGAGGUUAGUGAUGUUCGAACAGCAUUUGCAGGCUUUAACAAUUGUGUGAAAGUUCAAUCCGCCAUUUGUGGUGUUUGUUUGUAUAAGUAGGUCUAUCUUUGCUUAAUAAAGCUUCUUAAGCUUCCUCUUCUUUUUUUUUUUCUCUCUCUCAUUGAUUUUAUUAUGCCAUAUCAUCUCUGACCUUCUAUAUAUUUUUUGGGCUGCUGAAACUGAUGCAUGUACUGAUAUGGCUCGCAAUGAAACAUUUUAUGGCGCGUUUCAUGAUUUUGGUAAAGCUGUUUUUUGUGUU